AUGAAUUCCUAUCGCCUCGAGGUGGCCGUAAAGCGGGUGUCCGGGCUCAACCCACUCAUUGCCAGCGCCUCGUCAAUGAUUGCUGUGGAGGUGCGCUUCCUCAAUUUCCCUCCCAUAAUGAUACACCCACAAGGCUACGCUGUUGGCGACACCGUGACGUACAACGUCUGCCACAAGGCCGACUUUCGAAUGUGCAGUGAGCAGGCUGCCGCGAACUUUCCUGCCAUGUGCCAGUGUCAGUUGGUCAGUGUAAAUGAAGGGGCAGUAGCGGGCGGUGCACGGUGGUCGUGCCCGUGUUUACUGGUGCCGCAGCCCGACGCAGCUGCACAACUCUCCCUGCGCACCUACGCCAACUACGUCAUCAGCAACGCUGCCGGAGGGGCGGUGGGCUACGCCGAUAUGAGCUGCCGGGUGCUCUUGCAGGACCCACCGUCCACAGCGCCAGCUCCCAUCUCCAUGCCGGCCCCACAGGCAUCAGUGACGCCGCUGCCGGUCGCUGCACCCCCUGCCAGCGCCCUAGAGCCCAGCAGAGGAACAAGCGCCGACCAGGGCAAGCCGUACAUUGUGCGUGUAGUAGUUGGUGAAAGUGACCGACAUCGCCGCCCAAGCCAGGAUACUCGCUGGGACGGGGUGCAGGACGCGUCACGCGGGCACGAGGUGACGGUGACGCGUGCCAGUGCUAGUGAUCGUGGCCAUCCGCCGCGGCGCGUGUCUGCCAACACCGCCGAAAAGGGAAGUCUGCUUCAUCUCCUGCAGUACGACGUGGCGUAUCAGUUGCAAUCCCUCAGCGAAACCGUCGCGGCAGCGCUGCACCGUGAGCACGACGUGUUGACGCGCACGCCACUCAAGGGACCAGACAAGAGUGACGCCCUCAGCACCUCCAGGCUGACCAAGUCGAUCGACCAUCAUGUGGCGUCGAUUGUGAAGGUGGCAAACAUUGUUUUACAGGUGGUGAAUCAGCUUGUGGACAACAGCCCCGCCCCGCCACGCAUCGGAGCGAGUCGUGUGGUGAACGACAUGGCACGGCAAAUGCGCAACCCAGUGAACAAGCUGCCGCUUCCCGCUGAAGGCUCCAUAGGCCAUUACUUGCAGUACGACGUGCUCUACCAACUGCAGUGCUUGGGCACGAACCUGUCCUACAUGACCGUUGCCUACCGCGCGGUGCUCGACACACCGCUGUCGUCGAUCCCCGUACAGCACGUCGCGUACUGCGACGAGCUCGGACACGAGAUUCAGCACCUCACGAAGCAAAUCAGCAUUCUCGUCCAAUCUUGCGUAGAUGGAACGCUCAGCACGGCGGCGCUGUCUGCUGCGCCAAGGCCUGACGCCCAGAAAAAAGACCGGACGCAGCGUAAAGCAAACUCGCGGAGCGCACCACAGGCUGCAGCGCCGCAUCUAGGCGCUCACAAGCUCAGUGGUGCCGCCAAGAGCCUCAGCAGCACCUCUUACUCGUCCUUCAGCAGCAGCCGUGGCACGAGCACUAGCAGUUUGUCCUCAUCUUCCUUAUCCUCCUCCUUGAAUCGACCGGCGACACCCGCGUCGCAGCCACGGGCGCCGACAAUCGUGGCCGCCCCGACGAAUCCGCUGCCAGCUGGGCAGUCGUCGCUGGCGGCGACACCUACGCCGAGCGCCCCGGCCCAGCCCCUGCCACCGCCGCCGUCCUACGCCACGCCGGCUGCAACAACACCAAGGAAGCAAACGUCACCCUCACCACCAACACCGCCGCCGCCCUACACCGUCGCCGCGCCGUCGGCUGAGCAGACAGCAAUGCCACUUCCGACCCCAGUCGAGUCGCAAAUGUGGCUUUCACCCUUCAACCCCAUGGACUCCCUCGGCGAGCCAACUGCCCUGUCGCAGGCGAAUCCGCUGGUGCCGCGUGUGUCGCACAUAAACCAAGCAAACAACUUUCAGCUCUCUACAGCCGCCCCUCCGCGAGACUCACUCCACCCCGGGUCGCAGAGCACGGCCGUGUACGGCAUGACUGCUUCCGCCUUUACGCCGCAGCCAGUACUCGCCACUGGCGGUCCACCGGCGCUCAGUCCUCAGCACCCGUCUUUGGUGCCUCCACCGCUCGCGGCACCGACGCCGCUGACGCCGCCAAGCGCUGCACCCUCACCACCCCCGAUGGCCACGUCAAAGCUGGCCACGCCACCGCCAAUCCAGCCACAGCCGCCGGUGCCGUUAACGAUUCCGAUACCCGUGCCCAUUCCUCCCUGA